GGCGCAUGCGCCCAAGAGGUUUUCUAAAUUGCAAUAUGGCGGCUCUUAGAUCGCCCUCACAACUAAUGCAGAGUUGUAAAGCGCACAAAACACUUUUGAGAAACUUUUCAAGGUUUAGGGGAAAACGUAGUACCCCAUUAUCGUUUGUGGCAACAGGUUUUACAACUGCAGCAUUUGUUUCUUUUUACCAGUGGCAUAAAAAGUACAAAACAAGAGGUGUCAUACCCAUUUUACUGGCGAAAGAGGAUGAAGAAGCAGGUCAGAAGCCAACACCACGAUCUUUGACCUACAGAGAGAUGAGGUUCCUACAGUUUGCCUCUGUCCAGUACAAUGGACAGAUUUAUAUGACCCCUCAGGAUUUCUUAGAAUCUGUCACAGAGGAGGUUCCUAGACCUAGGAUAGGAACAACAAAUCUAAAUGAGAGAGAUAUGGAACAGUGGUUAAAACAUACACCCUCCAGAAGAAAGGGGGACAACAAAUUGUUUAGAAAACUCCAUGACAAAGGGAUAAUAUCUUACACAGAAUACCUCUUCCUUCUUUGUGUACUCACAAAGCCAAAGUCUGGUUUCCGAAUAGCAUUCAACAUGUUUGAUACAGAUGGCAAUCAGAUCGUGGAUAAAAAAGAAUUCUUAGUCUUGGAAUCAUUCUUCGCUCUGCCCCCACAGGAACGUAAAUUUGUUCCUCGACCACGUGCCAAAUUGCAGGCAAUUUUAGAUUUGGAAGGUGUGUUUAGUAACCAGCAACAAGAUACAGCCCAAGCCAUUACACGUAAAGAUAUUCCCACUAAAGGAACAAUGGGUCAUGUUUUAGUAGAAGCUUUCUUACGGAAUCUAGAGCCAAUACCAGAUACAACAUUGUUGAUUCACUUCUUUGGACCUAAGGGAAAUGAUACAAUGCAAUAUGAUGAUUUCAGCAGGUUUAUGGAGAAUUUACAGGCUGAAGUAAUAGAAUUAGAGUUCAUGGAAUUCUCUAAAGGUUUUAGGACUAUAUCUGAGGAAGACUUUGCUAGAAUUUUACUACGAUAUACAAUGUUAGAUAAGUCUGAUGUGGAAGCAGCAGUGGUGAGAGUUAGAACCAGAAUACCUACUGAAAAGGGAAUUACCUUUGAAGAUUUCCAACAGUUUUGUCACUUCCUGAAUAAUUUAGAUGACUUUACAAUAGCCAUGAAGAUGUAUACAUAUGCUGAUAAAUCUGUUUCUGAAGAGGACUUCCAGAGGGCUGUUAUGGUGUGCACUGGUCAAACAUUAAGUACACAUUUAGUCAAGACUGUGUUCCAGAUUUUUGAUUCUGAUGGAGAUGGACAUCUUAGUCAUAAGGAAUUUAUUUCUAUUAUGAAAGACAGACUGCAUAGGGGAUCAAGGUCCCACCUGAUGCAUACACAGGACAAAUGGAGCACUUAUAAAACUUGUAUCAAAAACGAGAUGAAAUCUUACUGAUGAUUGAGCAACUAGUAGUCCAGAGGAAAAUUAAAGAGAGAGCAGAGAGAAUCCUAUUUAUAGAAGCAUCAUUACAUAGAUUUCUACAAAAUGUCCCAUUGACAGGGAAUAAAUAGAGAUAUUGAAUAUGAAUGAUCAUUUGGUAAAGAUUUCUUUGAUAUGAUAUUUAGUACAAACAGAAAUAUGGAGAUUCCAAUUAAAACAUCUGUUAUUUAAUUAUAUCAUCUAUGUAAGAAAUCUCAAUAUCAGCAGACAAUGUGAUAAUGUUACAGAUAGUUGUAAGUUCUUUCAAUUUUACAUGUUAUAACUAUUUAUUACAUCCUGUGUUUGAUUCUUCUUACUUUAAAGAUAAUUAGAUCUGAGAUAUUUAAGCUAGAAGAACCUUAUCUUGUAACAUUUAUCAGAACAAGUCCAUAAAUGGCAGUUUGUUACGUAGAAAUGUUUGUUUAUUGAUGUAUUUGUCAGUAUAUUGAGUUAUUUGUCCUAAUUCUCUCUCUGUUGAGACUUGUAUUGUAUGAUUUCAUUGAUAUUGUGAAUGCUUUAAUUUAUAAACUGUGAUGGUGUUUCAAGUUAUUUUGCAAAUGACAAAAUAUGCUGGCAAUAGAUUGGCAGAAAUUUAACAACAUUGUAACUAGAAUGCCUGCUGCCAAAAAACUUGUAUUUUUUAUUGAAACUAUCAGAAACAAACAUACAGCCAACUAUUGAGUAAUAAGACCUAAAGUUCAUUAAUGUUUCAAAUCCUUUUGGUUGUUCCUGGUCUUUUCUUUGUUAAGUAAUAUUGUGUAAUUGAUACCUGAGCACUACCUGUUUUUUUUUUAAUACAAACAUGUCAUAAUUAGUUAACUAGAAGUUUGCUUUGUUUUGGCUUUCCAAUUUAAUUGUGAAUUAGCGAUAUGCACCUUGCUUUCACUUUCGCAAAAUUUUCUGGAAGCAAGGACAUAAUGAUAUUUUGUGGAGUUGUUUUGUGUAAAUCAUCAGAAAAUAUAAAUUUGCCCUUCAGAUCUACACUAUAUUCUGAGCAGUGUAAACAGUGAAUAUAAAUAUGCUGUUAUUAGCUACAAAAACCACAUUGUACAAAAACCAUGCCCUAAGAAAUUGAAAUUUUAAAUCAAGUCUUAACUGAAAUCCUUUAUUAUAUAUGUUAGUGUGUGUACUUUUAUACACAUUUUUGUCCUUGUAGUUAAAAUCUCUGUAGAUGGUACUUAGAUAAUUUAUGUCAUCUCACUAUAUUUGCAAGAAAAUGUUGAUUUGAAUAUGCUUGAUUUCUGUUUUUCUAUUGGUCUUCAUGAAUUUAGUCAUUUCCAGUCCAUUGUUUGAGUAAUUCCUUAAAUAUGGGAUUCAUUCAAAAUAACAAAUACAGCAAUUAGGAGAGUUUGAUGUGUUAUUAUUUAAGUUUAUAUGAUAUACAUUUUUAUUGUUAAUUCUGAAUGAUAUUUUACAAAGUUUUUUUAAAUAAAAUAUUUCUUAUAUA